AUGACGGCUUUUGCCCGUGCUCAUGAGCUUCUGCGUGGCGCCAAGUUCAUCGACUAUAAACAGCUGGGCCUCCCAUACCGCCUGUGCGCCUGUGAAGUGGCCUUCAACGCAUCCCUGGCAGCGCAAAAGGCCAAUGAGACCAGCAAGGCCGAACACUAUUCCCACAUCGCCCACGACAGCUCUACCCAUCUCACCGACGCCCAUCGGUCCCUUGCCACAUCGGCGCGCAGUGAACCCUUUGUCCUUUCGAGUCGAAUCGGUAUCUUUGAGCCACCCGCCGCCAAGGUGAAAGGCCUCAAGGCAAAACAGUUCAUGGGCAAGAGCGAAUUUCGCGCGGGUCUCUAUGCGGACGACAAAGAUGUUGGUUUCGAGGGCGACCGUGUUCUGGAGAAGCUCGACGCUGAGGGCUUGAAGCGCUUGGCCGUCAAGUCGCACACGGCCAGUGCUGAUGUGGCUGUUGGGACACACAAGGUUUGUGGCGUCUGCCACAAAUCGGACGGAAGAUGCGAGGUCACUCCAAUCUGCUGCCGCACCACGUACUCACUCGCGGUUGCGACAGGCGUCAACCAACGCUCCAAAGCCUCGGGUGUAUUUCCCAUCAGCUAUGUGCAAAAGCUGACCAAGGCGGAGCGCAUGCGAGCGCCGCCGCCCGCUACACGGCCGCCACCGCCUUCACUUGGCGGUUCGCAUCCGGGGUCUGGUCGUGCUUCGCCUGCAUCCCCGUCGUCGUCAUCCAAUGCCUCCUCGCUGAGCCGCAACGGCAGCACUCGUCCACCACCUCCAACCAGCAGCCCCCCACUGUCCUCCUCCCCGCGCUCAUCCUCGGGUGUGGCGAGCGUGGUUGGAUCUGCAAAUCGCCUGCGACACAAUGAUGUCAGCACCGGCGGCGUUCCCGUCGUGGCCCGUGCUAGUGGCAAAUCCAAGCCACCCCCGAAACCGCAGCUGCCCGGUUCGAUUCGAUCCAACAAAUCUUUUGGGCGCUCCUUUUCAGCCAGCGAUGCCCCUGCAUCGGAUACCCAGGCAAGCAAACUGGAUAAAGCGCCACUUCGCCCUCCUGCGCCAUCGGCAUCUGCGCUUUCCAGCUCCCUGCCUGGACCCACUAGUUUGACGGAUGAUCGUCGCGACUCUGAGCAAUUGGCCAAUUCUGAAUUGGCCGAUGUUUUUGCAAAUCGCCAGAACUCGCUACGUCGCGUCUCCAAAGAUGCUUUGGAGACGGAUCAGCCAAACGAGACCGGUCAAACCCAAGCAGCCACCGUUGCUGAACGACGCAAGCUGCUCAUGAAGAACUCCAAUCGGAUCAAGGAAGAACCCGCUCAGAGCCCGGAUGUGCGCAAGACAGCAGGGUCGAGUGCCAAACCCCGCCUCCCCGCCAAGCCUGGGCCCCCUGUCAAGCCCGUCAUGCCAACAAAACCAACUGGACCACUCAAGCCUCCCAUGUCCGAGAAAACAAGCACUGUCACGUCAAGCACCGGCUCGGCCUUCACGAACAGCUCAGGCAAAUCAAGCGGGCCGACGACGACAGCGUCGACCAUGCAAGCUGUCCCCGCUCCGUCGACACCCCACGAACCGCCGUCGCUCAUCGAGAAAGGAUCGAUUCGUGACCGCGCCAAAUUGUUUGCCAAUGACAACGCUCCAGGAUCCGCGACCGGUGGUCUGCCCGUGCCCAAGCGCUUCCAAAAGUCGACGUCAUCCCCAAGCCUCGGCACUGCUUUGCCGAAUGACAAGGUGAAGACAGGCCAACCCAUACCUUUUCUUGAGCCAGUUGCAGCUGUCCCGGCGGUCCAGGAUAAUCAGAUAUUGGUGGAGCUGCAUCACAGCAGUGGGAGCAAGCACAUUGCUGUCGAGAAGACAUCGACUCUGCUGCAGCUCGAAAAGGAAGUUGCCGUGGCACUGAGCGAUGCCAAGUCUGCCUUGUGGUACAAGCCGAUGGCAGCCGCGCCUGAACUCAAGAUGACAGACCAAAG